AUGGCACGAAUAAUCUACAAUGGCAUAACCAACCUAAUAGGAAUAUUGUUGGCGUUAGCACUGUGUGCAUUACUUCCAACAAACACUCAAGCUACCACUUCACUUUCCGAGAAAUAUCGUGAAUGUGAAAAAAAAUUUUGGUUCAAAAAUUUUUCGGAUUUUAAAAAAUCACAAAAAUCAAAAUGUUUCAAAGACAAAGAUCAAAAAGAAAAGAAACGUCAUCAACAUCGUCUUUGCAAAAAUGAACCUUACGAUAAAAAGGAGAUUUUAUUGAAAUGGCAAAAAUAUUCUAAUUGUCGUUGUAAAUCCGCUUUAAAUGACCUUAAAGGAAAAGAGAAUUAUUAUGUUUGCUAUCAAAUCGCUCAAUUUAAUAAAGCUUCGGGUGAAUUUCUUGGUGAAUUAUCCGUAUACAAAACUGGGGAUGAAAAUGUUGACGUGGCCCUUAAAUUUGCUGAUCCUAAAAUAUUUGAUGGUCAAUGGACUGAAGAUGAUAAAGGUUUCUUUCAUUCAAAGAAAAGUCCUCAAUUGGUUGGUAAAGAUGGUAAAUUUUCAAUUGAAAAGUAUUAUAUUUCUGGUAAAAUUCCAAAGAAUAAAUCCUUGAAUAAGAUUACUUCAGAUGAAAUUUCUCCGACUCAAUUAACUGUUGGGAAUGAUCAAUCAACAAGUGUUCUUCUAGAAAAAGAUCAAGAAACUAUCAUUCCCUUUUCUAAAUUCGUUAAUAAUGA